AAGCGCUUAAAAUAGGAAGAUAACUUUUGGCUCAGUCGCAUGGGAUUCCAUUGCACUCGCGUCUUCUCAACUCCUAAGGCCCCGAGCUUUUCCCUGUUAAAACCGGAGUUAAUUUCUGUAAAAGUUCAUCAACUUAACAAAGUGAGGGGUUUCGAAGUUAAAGCAGCAAUGCAACCAGAGGAUCAGGUAAGAAUUCCGCAUGUUCUCACCGUUGCCGGUUCCGAUUCCGGCGCCGGCGCUGGAAUUCAAGCGGACCUCAAGGCAUGUGCUGCUAGAGGAGUCUACUGUUCCACUGUUAUCACGGCUGUCACUGCGCAGAAUACCGUUGGAGUUCAGGGUGUGAAUGUUCUGCCGGAGGAUUUUGUCCUGGAGCAGCUGCACUCCGUGCUAUCGGACAUGCGUCCUGAUGUUGUGAAAACAGGAAUGCUUCCUUCAACUGGUAUAGUCAAAGUCCUCUGUAGAUAUCUUCAGGAAUUUCCAGUUCGAGCUUUAGUGGUUGAUCCUGUUAUGGUAUCUACAAGUGGUGACACACUGGCUGGUCCGUCUAUUCUUUCUAGCUUUAGGGAGGAACUGCUUCCCAUGGCUGAGAUAGUUACCCCAAAUCUAAAAGAGGCGUCUGCUUUGUUGGGUGGUAUGCCGUUGGAAUCACUUGCAGACAUGCAUUCUGCUGCAAAAUAUAUACAUGAUUUUGGCCCAAAAAAUGUACUAGUAAAAGGAGGUGACCUCCCUGCUUCAUUAGAUGCUGUUGAUGUUUUAUAUGAUGGCGAGAAUUAUUUUGAGUUCCGCACUUCACGCAUAAAAACUCCAAAUACUCAUGGAACUGGUUGCAGUUUGGCUUCAUCUAUUGCAGCUGAGCUAGCAAAAGGCUCUUCAGUGAUUUCUGCUGUAAAGGUAGCAAAACGCUUCAUUGAAUCAGCUUUGGGUUAUAGUAAGAAUAUUCUCAUUGGAAAUGGACCUCAAGGUCCUUUUGACCAUUUCUUGAAGCUGAAAAAGUAUGCCCAUGGAUCAUGUAGGCAGUCCCUGUUUGAUCCCAGCAAUCUCUUCCUAUAUGCUGUUACAGACUCAAGGAUGAACCAGAAAUGGGAUCGUUCAAUCACUGAUGCUGUGAAAGCUGCCAUUCAAGGUGGUGCCACCAUUGUUCAGCUGAGGGAAAAGGAGGCUGACACUCGAGACUUUCUGGAAUCAGCCAAAGCAUGUUUGGAAAUUUGUCGCCAACAUGGUGUGCCUUUGCUGAUAAAUGAUAGAGUUGACAUUGCCCUUGCUUGUGAUGCUGAUGGGGUGCAUGUUGGCCAGUCUGACAUGCCUGCUCAUGUUGCACGCGUUCUUCUUGGGCCUGACAAAAUCAUCGGUGUCUCGUGCAAAACACCAGAGCAAGCUCAAGAAGCAUGGGUUGAUGGUGCUGAUUACAUUGGCUGUGGUGGUGUAUACCCAACAAACACAAAAGAAAACAAUCCGACUCUUGGUUUGGAUGGGCUAAAAACCGUAUGUUUGGCUUCCAAGUUACCUGUGGUUGCCAUUGGUGGAAUUGGAAUUUCAAACGCUCACUCAGUGAUGAAGUUACAGGCCCCAAAUCUGAAAGGUGUAGCAGUGGUAUCUGCGCUCUUUGAUCGGGAAUCUGUCUUGAUUGAGACGCAGAAGCUGCAUAAAGUGCUAGUGGAGUCGAACACUGAAAUAAGGUGAGAUAGAACAGUGAGAGUUUCUAUUGUAGAGUCUAGACAAGUUAGCUAGUGAGUUAGACUUGUCUCAAGGGCAAUAACUGUAGUCUCCGUCAUAAGACUCGUAACUUCAUGUCCAGUGACAACCAGGAUAAAGGUGAGUUGCUUGAUCAAAAUUUUAGGUGAAAUCAACCAUCUUUUAUACUGGACUCAGUAUAUCCCACGUAAGUUCUUACU